ACCUCAUUCUAAAUAUGAGGGCAUUUAUAGAACGGCUUGAAUACUUUGUUCUGAUAUCAUUCUCUUUGAAUGGCAAAGCUUUGUGCUGUCCAAGUGGUUGGAUGACACAUGGAACAAACUGUUACCACUUUAGUCACGAUACAGAAUCAUGGAUUGGGGCUCUGUACUUCUGUCGCGAAUAUGGGGGCCAACUAUUAGAAAUCCAGAAUGCAGCUGAAAACGAGUAUAUAAAGGCGCAAGUAAAACUUCAAAAUAAAAAUUUCUGGAUCGCCCUGUCCGACGCCGAAGAAGAAGGCACGUGGAUAUGGAUGAACAGCAAAACACCUCUUUCAUCUACUGGAUUCAGCGACUGGGCGCCAGGGGAACCUAACAAUAUGGGAAGAAACCAAAAUUGUGGCUGUUUCUACUUGACACCAUAUUUUAAAUGGGACGACUGUCUAUGUCACGAGAAUCAUAACUAUAUAUGUGAAAAGCCUGACGGAUCAGGAGAGAUUAUCGGUUGAAGGCGUACUUUUUGAAUCGGACACCUUACAUAUCAUAUGAUUUUUAGUAUAAUUUAUCCUAAAAAUAAAAUUUAAGAAAAAGUAUUAUG